AUGGAAGCCAUGAACAUGAGGACCAGAGAAGAAGUUACAGGGCAAGUGGGUGUAGAAGAUGAUGACCUAGUCAAAGGUAGCACUAAGACUGAACUCACCAAAAUUCGUCUCCUUAGGACCAUUGUUGAAUCACGUGAUCCUUCUUCUAAGGAAGAAGAUGAUUUUACGUUAAGAAGAUUCCUACGUGCUCGUGAUUUAGAUUUGGAGAAAGCUUCUACGAUGUUCCUGAAUUACUUGAAAUGGAAACAUUCAUUUGUUCCAAUUGGUGUAUCGGCAUCAGAUGUUCCUAAUGAACUUGCUCAAGAAAAGGUGUUCAUGCAAGGACGUGACAAGAUAGGUCGACCGAUAGCUGUUGUCAUCGGUAGAAAACAUUUUCAGAUGAAAGAUGGUCUAGAUGAAUUCAAACGGUUUGUGGUCUAUGUCUUUGAUAAAAUAUGUGCAAGGAUGCCACCUGGGCAAGAAAAGUUUGUUGCUAUAGCUGAACUUAAGGGAUGGGGAUACUCAAACAGUGACAUUCGUGGUUACCUUGGUGCUCUUACAAUUUUGCAGGAUUACUACCCUGAAAGAUUGGGGAAGUUGUUUAUUGUCAAUGCACCAUACAUUUUUAUGAAAGUGUGGCAAAUUAUUUACCCCUUCAUUGACAACAGAACCAAGAAGAAGAUAGUAUUUGUGGAAAAAAAGAAGGUGAAAUCAACACUUGUUGAAGACAUAGAUGAAAGUCAGUUAACAGAUGUAUUCGGCAUCCCAAGGAGCGAAGCAGCUCAAAGGAUUGGCAAUUCAGCUCAGUCUGGUCUGAGGAGAUGGGCUAGGCUACUCGCCCCAUACAUAGGAAGAGGGGGAAGUCAAGUACCUAGAUCCAAGAUCACGAUAUCCGGUUUGGUGUGGUUCUCCUAUUCUAUCUAUGGUCUUGCUGCUGAGAGAGAGAGUAAGAAUAGAAAGCAGAAGCUCGCCCGAGAGAAAGACAAAGGAUGA